UUCGCCUCAUUUAAUUUUUGGGUUUGGUGUUCGUUCUGUCGUUCUUAGGGUUUAACCCCGGCUUCCAUAGAAGGGUUUUAAAUCAUGACCAAAAGGAUUCAAAAUACGAUGACACAUGUUUUUAAUUUGAAAAAGUGUGUAAUAUUUCUUAUAUUAUUGUCGUUGUUGACUGUGUGGAUUUCAUAUACCACUUUCUUUCAUGGACAUUUUACACCAAUAUCUAUUUGGAGAACCUCAACAUUUCGUAAAAAUGAGACCUUCAGUAAUUGGAUUGUUGUAACAACGAAUGUUCAGCCUACAUAUGCUAUGAAAUAUAUGAGUAAUUUACCAGAAUGGAAACUACUUGUGGUAGAAAAUAGUAAUACACCAAAAGACUGGAAAUUGACCAACUGUACUUAUCUUAGUUUAACUGAACAACAACAUGUUUAUAUUUCUAAAUUAAUUCCAACUGAAAGUUAUUCUCGUAAAAUAAUUGGCUAUCUGUAUGCCAUUUCCAACGGUGCAGAGACGAUUUAUGAUUUAGAUGAUACAAUACAGUUAUUAACAGAUUUAGAUGAUCUUGUGAACCCGGAAUCAUUCGAAUACGGAUUACAAUAUAAUGGAAGAGUCAUAUUUAAUCCGUUUAAACAUUUCGGACAAUCAACAAUAUGGCCUAGGGGCUUUCCAUUAAAUAAAAUAAGUGAAAAUGGGACAAAUAGUUAUUUCGUGUCUGACUUCAAGAAACCAAGUAUAUUACAGAUACUAAGUAACGGUGACCCAGACAUUGAUUCCGUUUUUCGACGGACUUUAAAAUCAACAAUUAAAGCUUUAAAUAUUUCAUUUGAUAGUGCAAAGCCCCCUGUUGUCAUCCCGCCUCUAGUAUUUACUGCGAUAAACAGCCAGAAUACGCUUUUCCGGUAUAAGGCCUUAUGGGCCAUGGUUCUACCGGUCACGCCGUCUCACCAACAUUCUGACGUAAUAAGAGGAUAUUGGGCACAGCGUCUGCUGUGGGAAAUUGGAGGAUCUGUCGGUUGUUAUCCUCCAAAUACGUAUCAAAUUAGAAAUAGCAGAUCGUAUGCGCUGAUAGAAGAUUCAAAAGGGUCUUAUUUUGAUCCUAAUAAGUUAGUUGACUUUCUAAUACAGUGGAAAUGUCCAGUUGAACGAACAUUUUUCCAGUGUGUUUCUUUGUUGAGUGAAAAGUUAGCUGAAGAUGGAUAUUGGCAGCAACACGACCACCUACUUGUUAAAGCUUGGAUACACGAACUGAAAGAUUCAAGUUAUAAAGAGCCGAAAAGAAAACCGUUUACACAUCAGAAUAUAACAAACCACACCAAUUCAGUAAUAUAUGAACCAGUGGAAAGCGCGAACCCAAAAAUACGACAACAAUCGAAAUGGAACCAUGUUUUGGGGAUGACUUCAUUUUGUAAAGAUACUUCUUACCAAAUAAAAAGCACGAGUCUGGCUUCUGUGACCUCCCCUGAUAUACUGCUAGUAGUUGUGUUUAAUUUUCCUUUUUAUGAUAAUAUACCUUACUUACAGUUAAUGUACGGCGUAACGUUUGCACAUAUUGUCUAUUGUGGUCCAAACAUCGAACGUUUUCUAAACGCAUCCAAACAUUUUACUAAUAAAGUGACCUUUGUUGAAUCUGUGGUUGAUGAAGGCUAUUGUGCGUAUACCUGUUUAAGUGCCGCUAUGAAAAUGAAUUUCGAUGUUCAAGGAUACCUAUUUAUAGGAGACGACACACUACUCAAUUCUUGGAACAUUCACAAAUUUCCAUUGGACAUGAUAUGGUUCCGUUCUGAUAUUAUUCGGCUUUACAAGGGCAAAAAAAGUUCAGUGUAUUGGUGGCAAACACACGUUGGUCAAAAUGCAAUGAACAAAGUAUGGACGCUUAUGCACAAUCUGUCUACUGAAAAUGGCGACCUUAAACCAGUUGUGGAUAAAUUUGUACACACGCUUCUUGCAAAUAAUGCAUCUAAAGAUGGUGCUAUGGCUGGAUGGUCUGAUAUUCUGUAUAUACCUAGCAAAUACAAGAAAGAUACAAUAUUCUUCUUGGAUUUGUUUGCUGAAUGUAAAGUAUUUUUAGAAAUAGCUAUAGCAACUUUAGUGAGCGGUUUGGAAGAUAAAAAUAAUUUCAUUAAUUUAGAAGGACAAUAUCUGUGGUAUGAUGGCAAAAGAAAUAAAAUACCAGAACUUUUUAAACCAAAUGAUACUUACCUUCAUCCUGUAAAACUCUCCCACAUAAAAACUAAACUUAAAAAAUUCUUUUGUAAGACCUAUUUCCCUCUUACAUUAAACGAUCCUCGAACUUAACAACACAAAAAUAUAAUAUAAAUAUUUUAACUAUACCAACAAUGCAAGCAAAUUUACCUAACUGAAAACAGAAUAUGUAACAGGCAUUGCCCGAGUAGAACGAAGCUGAAAGAUAAAACCUCCUUAUGUGAAAUUCAAAAUUGUUUGUGAAUUAAAUUGUAUACGAGAAUUGAAUUAAUUUUGUUAUAGCAAAACAAGUGUCAGAAUUAAUUUUAUUGACGUCAAUAUUUAAUUUGAAUAUGUUGACAUGUGCAUCGCCUGUUUUAUGUUCCAGUGUAUACGCUUUUAUGCCAUCUGUCUAUUAAGAGUUUCAGUUACACUGUGUUACCGGAAUAGGCUUUGCCCAAGCACCGCGAUCCGUCUUCAUUAGCAGAAUAGCAGGGCUUUAAACCCCAUUUCAUUUCAUGUCAUUGUCUAUACUUUGUCAGAUCUCAUCAAUAAUUCUAUAUUGAUUUAAUUUCGCAUUAGUAUAUAUAAUAUCUGCUUAAAACUAAAGUUAUUUCACCAUUUGUCUGACGCUGGUAUCAGCCUUGGCAAUAUUGCGAAUACCCAUUUCUUUCGGACCCCAACGUGGACAUUGUCCUUUGCAAGCUCCCAAGUCAUACUGAUAUAAAAGGGAAUGAUUUAGCAGAUUUGGCUGCCAAGUCUGCUUUAGAUCUUCCCAUAUCUCAGUUUUAAUUACCAUAUCAUGAUUUUAAAUUGUGCAUUAAUCAUUUUAUACAUGGCCGCUGGCAACGGUCUUAGGAUCUUGCAGACACAAAUAAACUUCAUCACAUUAAGCCACUCUUAGGAGUAUAGAACCAGCAAGAGGGAUGAAGUUGUUUUGUGUCGCUCUCGCAUUGGUGAUACUUUUUAACUCACAUUUUCAUCUUAAAGCGAGAGCCUCAACCAGAAUGUCAACACUGUCAUCUUUCUUUGACAGUUAAGCACAUUCUGAUGGAGUGCAAGUUUCUCAAGGACAUAAGAUCAAAGCAUUUCCGUCGCCAGUCUUUAAGUCUAUCAUUUGCCCAUCCGGGUCUAUAUUGUAUUGUAAACUACUAGACUUUUUAAAAGAGACAAAUUUUGAUCGACAAUAGGUCAUACUUUUUAACACACAUUUUCAUCUUAAAGCUAGAGCCUCAACCAGAAUGUCAACACUGUCAUGUUUCUUUGACAGUUAAGCACAUUCUGAUUGAGUGCAAGUUUCUUAAGGACAUCAGAUCUAAUUAUUACCGUUGCCAAUCAUUAAAUCAAUUAUUUGCCAAACCGGGUCUAUAUUGCAAACUAUUAGACUUUUUAAAAGAGAAAAAUUUUUAUUAGAAGAACAGGCCAAUUGCCUACAUAUGACAUUUCAUAUGGGCGGCUUAUCUGACGGCCCCAUUUCACUCGCAAAAAGAUACUCCGUCAAAAGUGAAAAUGGACGUUUUUGAUUUUUGUCUUAAUAAUGAGUAAUUGCUCCACGAAUCCUCAGACAUUCAGCAAUUCGUCGUGGCAUGCUCCUAAUCAACCGCCCAAUCAUGAUUUGGGGCAAUUCGACCCACUCUUCUUGCAAUGCCACGGCCAAUUGUUGCAGUCAGUGUUGUCGGUUGAUGUUGACGUCGAAGAACACGUCUCCCGAUCAAAUUAAGCGUAACACACUAAAGCAAAGAUAGGCUAGACAGUAAAUCUUAUGCAAGAACCGAUAGGAAAGCAAACAUUGAUAGAUAAACCAGCACGGGGCAGUUUUCAUCAACCUUUCCUUGAAGUGUCAAAUUUGACAAUGAACCCCUCCCACGUGUAUGGUGCUAUUGCGUGUCGCAUGUGCAGCUCAGUGGUUCUGUUGGGGCGAUAAGUUCUUCAUCUGUGAAUAUACUCUCAAAGCAUGUCAAGUGUCCAUGACUAUCUAUCGAUCACAACCUGCAUAGGUAUUUGCAUUUCAAUAUCCCCUACUUUUUGUGAAGAGUAUAGUUUGUCUCAUACUAUUCACCAUGUUUAUAAACCAUAUCUUAUUUCACUUGAAAUUGGAUUGAGAAAAAGGAAAUGAUACUUCAGAUGUAAAAGUACAGGCUCGGAAAAGGGGAAUAACUCCGAAACGGAAGAUAAGGGAACGAUGAUGGAUGGGGUAAACCGAUAGGAAAUUGUGGUCCGAUAUGUGCCAAAACUGAUCCUAUUCGAGAUCUUUCGGAUAUAAACACACAUUUUAAGUAUUAAAAGAAAUUGAAUAAAAAUUGUGACCUCUGGAGGAUCCACAAGCUAUGUGCGCGACUUAUGUACGAUCAGGAGCUAUCAUCCAAAAGGUUAUCGUGAGAUAGAUGCCAAAAUUGAAUCCAUCGGAGAUCUUUGAGAUAUCAACAUGUAGUUUAAGUUUCAUCAGAGUCGGAUAACAAAUUGUGACCUGUAGACACACGCAGGGGCGAUGGAAUACAACGAGCACAUAAAAAUGGGUGGAUACAAAAUCUUGAAAGCAUAUUUGUCGAUACUAACCUAUGUUGACUAAUCAAUUUUAAGGUUGUGUACCUGUCAAGUAUCAUUGGUAUAAAUUUAUUGCUUCCAAAUUUAUAGGCAUGCGAACAAUAAAAUAUAACAUGGGAUGGAUGAUGACAAUCACCCCGGAACCCUUCAACAGGAGCAAGAGAUAGCGUGUAACAAGCUGAAGGGCAGUUAACUCUGUUUGGCUUAAUAUUUGGUCCAAAAACUGGUUAUGAUUUUAAGCGGAAAAGUAGGUAUCGAAUUACGUUUGACCGUACCUUUAUUUUUAUUGGCGGAUGGUGUAUCUUGGCGGGAGAAUGUUGGGCCUGUGGAAUAUGACAAUUGGACCCGUAUCAGAUGAGGGGAACGAUUUUUUUCUAGAAUUUUAAAAAAUUCAAAUAUUUUACAUUUCUUUACGCAGGAAUAUUCCAACAUAAUUUUACAAUUUUAUGACACUUUAGAGAAUAUUCUAUUCUAGAAUUUUAAAAAAUUCAAAUAUUUUACAUUUCUUUACGCAGGAAUAUUCCAACAUAAUUCCAACACUUUAGAGAAUAUUCUAUUCAUAAAAAAUUAAAAACCGAAUUGUCCUGGACGUAAUCAUGCGUUAAAUUGAGAAUUAGGUAAAAAAUACAGCAAAUAACGGUACAUGGCGAUAAACAGGAAGUUGAAUAUCCAUCAUGGAUGCCUAUGGCGAACGCUGUAGCUAUUUGAUUUCAUUCCGUGAAAAUGUGCUUAUUCUGUCUUUUUUUACAUAGAUCGGUUACAACAUAACGUUGAAAAUAAAACUACCCAUGUUUAUAAUAUAUUAAUGAUUAAAUUUUAGCCGAUAUUAUUCGAUCUGUAGAAAGUGGACCGAAAUCGACCUGAAGAAACGGCAUUAUUGACAGACAUAAAUAAAACCGUAUGAACGCACGUUUUUUAAAAAAAAAAACAGAAUUAUAUAUAUUGUAUCAACAAAGAAUAAUUCACAUAGAAACUAAAGUGAAAUGUUAGGCCAAUUUAUUAUCACUGACAUAUGACAUAAUGUCAUGCGAUAUUGCGAGUAGGCUGUCUUUUUGAAAUUGUAAAAAUAAUAUGUUUGUCACUAAAAAAGAAACGGCUAGCAAAAACCUUCCAAAUAUUCUUAUAUAAUACCAUAUUAUUGUUAUUAUUUUAUAUGAAUAACCAAUAUUUAUUUAAUUUCUAUUAUAUAAUGCCAUGUAUUGUUAUUAUUUUAUAUAAAUAACCAAUAUCUAUUUAUUUUAUUUAUGUAUUUAUUUAUUCAGAAUUAAAUUGAAUUGAAUUGAAUAUUUCGUAGGAUGAAAUCUUAAAAGCCUUGUUGUAAUUUUACUGUUUUAUGGUACUGGUAUAACAAAUCAGUUGCAUUAGAAACAAAUUUUACUUUUUUACAAUUUCAUGUUUCAUAAAUGUGCAUUUUUGUUCUUUCUUUCAUUUUUCAAUUUAAAAAAAUGUUAACCUUAAAUAAAUCAUAUUAAAAGUA